UACGAUCCAAUCCGGCCAAUUGUCUCGCCCUGAUCCGAGAGCGAGAUUCAUGUAUUUAUUUGUUCGUAAACAAAUCUGUAAUUCUUGCAAAAAAAAAACAUUGGCAGUUAGCGUAUAACUAUUUUGCAAAUAUACGGUUAGCAAGAUUUUAAAGAGACAUCUUGCCAUCUCUGUAUACUGGCUUACAAAGUAGCUAGGUUUUGAAAUGUAAUGCUAAACUGCCUUUUCGCCUUCCCAUCAAGAGCCGCUUUCCACCGGAAGCGCAGUUGAGAUAGAAAUCAUUAGUACGGGACGUCUGGAUGGAACAGCAAAUUUGAAUUUUAUCUAGGAGUUUGUAGGGCACGUCUUGGGGCGAGUUUGGUAAAGCCACAUAUCCACAGUGGGCGCAGAGCUCUGGUCGAGGCCCUUCAGCCCAUGUGUGAUGAUGUUGUCAUCUGUUUCGGCUGAUCCAAGAGGUGGUCAGCAGCUCCCCGGCUCCACGUCGGUGGGUCCAUGCCCUUCUCUCUCCCAGCUGUACCAUGAACAACUGGCCACAGGGUGCAGAGAGACUAGCAAGGACCAGAGGAAUGCUGCGGAGGAUGGAGGACCUCUGGUGACCGUGACUAUGUCUCACAGACCAGCAGAGAGCAGAGAUAGAGAUGGUAGUCUUGGGAUGGACUCUGGUGUGAGAGAGAGACAGACUCUGGCAGAGCACAGGCAGAGGGCUUUGGGUUCAGUCUCCAGUUUGAGAGGGACUGCAGGCUCUUCCGAUUUCAGAAGAACAGAGACACAAGUGUCAGACCAGGUCCAAGGCACCCAAAGAACCGGCAACAAAGGCAAUGUCUGGGUUCAUCCAAAACAACUAGAGCCUACCUCCCCUCCUCAGGUGUGCCCCUCUGAUCCUACUCCCCCGGCUGGCCCCACGGGAGAGCAGCUGGGGACCCUGAAGCGCUGCCUGGAAGCCCACCAGGCAGAGAUGAAGCGGCUGCUGACGGGCUCCCUCGGCUCCCUGUGCCAGCGUCUGGAGGUGGUGGAGAGGAGGAUGGAGCAGCUCUGUGAGCAGGGCACCACACAUGGCAACAGCCUGGCUCUGCUCAGGAUCCAGGUGGGCCAGCUGGCAAGAGGGAUGACUGCUGCUGUCGCCAAACAGGACCUGUCACCUCUCCAUGGUCUGGGAAAGGAACCAAGAGUGCUGAAAGAAGAGGACUUCACCAAGUUGUUACCACACAGUCCUAACCCUUUGUGCAAUAUGGGCUCCUCAGGAGCAGACUUAGACAAGGGGAGUGUCACUGGAUGUCAAUGGAUGAUGACAACGACGUUUUCACCCAGCCACAGUCCGGCCCCGAGCCGUGACCACAAAGAGGGGUUAGGUGGGAAAAUGAAAAGAACAGAGUCAGGCCGGUCCGUAUCCUCCAUGGGAAAAGCUCCCUCUAAGUCGGUCACUGAGGGGAGCAAACAAGGGAACUACUCCCCUGUGUCGGACUUUGAAGAUCUGGACAUGGAGCUGGCGGCCGAGAAGGGGCGGGACGCUCUUAACUGGUUGGUCAAUUCUGCCCUGGCAGACACAGAGUCUAGUGACAGCCAGGAAGUGCCCCUUCCAUCCCCUUCGCAGAAGGCACAAUCUGGGAACAGGAGAGAGAGUAUAGAGACCCAUCCACACUCUCCUCAUGUACACUUCCCCACUGAAUCCCAAGGCCUGUCCAAAAGCACUGAGGUCCAUAAGUGUCCACUUACGGGUAAGGGUAGGACUAUGGCUGCAUUUCCUGAUGGGGUACAGUUGAGCGCUAUAGGAGCUUUCUCUCUGUCGCCACAUUCCGUUGAAGUUGUAAGGUCAUCUAGGCCUGAGCACGCGGGAAGAAUAGCUCCUGCUUCAACUAACAUCCAACUUAGGAUCACCAGCCCACCUCGCACUGACCACACGGCCUACACUCAGUUCUCCAAAGAGGCAGAGAAAGACCAGAAGCCUGAGAGGAAGAGGCGGAACAAGAGGGAAGCGAAGGCACACUCGGUCAAUGAGUUUAUCUCUUCCGCCACUAAGUCCGUCAAGAGUAGCUUCUCUGCUCAGAUACAGGACCAACCACAGGUUGGUGUGGGCAGGGAGGCAGCCGAGGAGAGGCAGCAGAGUCAACAACACAAGCAGACUCUAAACUUUACAAUACCUCAUCAGCAACACAAUCCAUUGUCCCACGCCCAGCUGAAGUCUCCAGAUGGAGCAUCAUCACUAUCAGGUUCAGUCUUUGCACCCUCUUCCUGGUCCCCUCUGUCCUCCCCACCCAUGUCUGGCUACGUGGACCCUCAGAAGGGCAAACAAGCCACGGAUCGAUCCUUCCUGCACUUCCACUCUUCCAGCCCCUCUCUAGACUCCUCCGUAGCCUCCAAGCUCUCCUCUCCUCGAAAUGGCUCUUCUAAAUCUCUCAUGGUUGGUGUUAGAUCCAUCCACCCCCAAGGCCAGGCCCUCCUACUCCAGCUGUCGAACACAGCCAGCCAGCUUGUACCUUCCAGCCCAUCCCCGGAGCUCCCCUCACCCCCGGAUGGUGGUCAAAGUAGAAGGGGGAACAUCCCGUGCGUCUUCAACUCCAAGCUCAAGAACCACUGGAAUAAGGACCGGUCCUCCUGUAAGAAGCGGCCCCUGAAAGGCGUUCGCAGCACUAGUGGUGCUCUAGCCAUGUCUCUCCCGGAGCUGGAGGAGGAGACGUCGCAGCACCACUGGCAGCCCCUGGUGAUUCUGGGCAGCCCAGUCUUGCCUCUGUCCCCCCUGCAGCUAGGGCCCCUAGCCCAGACCUUCUCCUCCUUAUGCUGUAGCAGCAAGGCCCUGGACAGAGACUCUUCUACCCUGCAGCACGGCCUCUUCCAUGCCACAGGCCAGUUCCCCAUGUCCCUCUUCAGCCAGAUGGGCUUCUCCAAGUUCUCCAAGGCGGGUCUGAGCACCGUGCUGGCUGCAUCCUCCCCCGCUUCCUUCCGCCACUGGUUCAGACACAAGUGCCCCAUGCCCCUCAUGAGGUUGUCGGCCACAGCGGUGGAGACGGUGAUGUGUCAGAUUAUAGAGUCACAGAAGAAGUACAUGUAUCCUCCCCUCAAGGACUACACAGGCCCUCCUGGCCUGGACAAUGACCACAGUUAUGCUCAAUCGUGCAGUCAAGAAGCUACCUCUGUCAGAAUGUCUAGCACAGCAAGCAGUACGUCUCUCACCUUCUCACCGACAAGGCGACGUUGGGUCAGACUCCCCCCAGAGCGGGCCCUUUCCAGCCCCAAGACCAGUCAUAGCCACAGCCCCAAGACCAUGCGUCUGGAUAACCAGCCCGAGCCUGUGCCCAGCUUUGCCAUCGCCAGUGCCAACGUCAAAUACCCUGGUCUGCAUGGCCGCAGCCCAACCAGAGAGGGUGGUCUGUAUGAUGCGAGUGUGGGAACCCAGCCAUGCCAGCGCUCCAAGAGGGUAUCCCAGAUCCGCAUUCGGAAGACUGUUCCCAAACCAGACAACAACCUCACUCCCAUGGGCUUGCCCAAACCAAAGAGACUGAAGAAGAAGGAGUUCAGCUUGGAGGAGAUUUACACCAACAAGAAUUACAAAUCACCCACUCCCAACAGGAGCCUGGAGACCAUCUUCGAGGAGCCCAAGGAGAAGAACGGAUCUCUGGUCUGCAUUGGCCACCAGAAGAGGAAGCGUGUACUGGACUUCCCCGACUUCACAUUGCCGCGCAAACGCAAAGUCCGGGCCAACAUGACUCCCCUGCGCGUAAAGGGCCCCAGGGGGCGUAGUCGGCGGGGGAGGCCUGACGAUGCCGACCUGGAUGUCAUGCUCAUCGAGAGGCUGAGCGAGCUGGAAGACUUCUUCACCCGCCAAGGCCUGGAGGACUGAGCAGUCCCACAAUACCCCCUAUUUCACAUCCAAAUACAAACUCUCACAAAUGGUACCCUAUUCAUCAUAGUGCUCUACUUUUGACCCAAGCCCAUCGGGUCAAAGUAGCAUAUUAUAGAGUGAACAAGUUAUCAUUUGUGACAUGCUACACACAUGCAUUGCAUACGGUUCAUCAUUCUCAGUUUUUGGACAGCUUGUUUUGUAAAUUGAUUGGGCUUAUGAAACUGGAUUUUAAUAAUUAGAGCAUGUUAAGAGAUUUCUAUGAUCGUGUUAGGUUUUUCUACUUCGGGGCCCCUGAAAUGCCCAUUCAGAUUAUUUGUUUUAGAACUGGCAGACUUUGAAGUGCUAGAAAAAAUGGACUUAAUGUGUGCCUUUUAUGAAAAUUUAAACUCAAUCCAGCAAAGACAGGAUUUUUAUGAUAGAUAAUGAAUAGUGGUUGAACAAUUACUACUUUGUUCUUAGGAACUAUAAUUGAACCUGUGAUAACAGAAUUGUGGGUGCUCAUACUUGGAUGUGUGCGUUCGUACACACACAUGGAGCAUUCGCAUUGUGAACACAUGGAAGACAAGUUUGACAACCCAUACCUGAGCACUUUCCCUCUUACCUCAUUCAGAUUUCUCAUCAACUCAUUCAUUAAAUUGUUGUUUUGAACGGGACCUUGUGAGGACACAACCGUUUCUGACAGUCAACGGUAUAUUUGCAGCUUUACUCCCCUGAUGACAGCCUCACUGCUAGCCUGGCCUUAGGAAUGGCGGUAACUGACCAACUGGAUUGGUGCCCCAUGUCUCUCUACCUCCUCAUGCAUUGUUGGGAAAGAUGCUACAUGUGGGGGCAUCAGUUCAGUACAUCUCCCUGAUAACCCGACUGGGAUCUAGAUGAUGAGGAUUUCCCAUCCUGAAUCAUAGUGAAACAAUACAUAUAUUUUGCAGUAUUUGUAAAGAAAAGGAAAAGUCCAUGAUUAACAGUCUUUUUCACCUGAUGUGCAUCAUCCGGUCCAUCAUCUGAUGUGCGAACACAAUUUGAUACAUAUGUGAAAAUGUUAUUUUCCUAUAGAUGGUAUAUUAUCUCUACUUCAGUGUUGAGGACCUAGAUCAGGACUGGACAAACUAUGAGCCCAUACGAUCUGGCCCACGGGAUGUUUGAGUAAUACAAGUUUAAAGUAAAAAUUAUUAUUUUGGGUUAGAUAAAAUACUCAAGGCCACUCUUGGUCAUUUAAAUCUAGAUGGUAUGUAGAUAUUAUAAUGGGCUUAUAUAUUUCCAAAUAACUGAAGUUUUUCUGGGCCGCAAAUUGAUUUUAACAAACCCGUCCGUCCCCAAAAAAUCUGUGCGGCCCUCCAUUGAAUUUCGAAAUCCUGAUGUGGCCCUGAAGCCAAAAGGUUUGCCUUUCCCUGACCUAGCUACACAGUCGUACUACGAGGCCAUUUUGGGUUGAAAGGCCUCAAGGUUUAAGUCCCUUGGCUCACUGUAAAGAACUGGAAACUGGAUUCUUUUUUUUUUUUGCAGUUUCUUCCUGUGGAUUGAUUUUCCUUUUUGGUGCAUCAUUUUUCUUUGGACAUAUGAAAUAUGCAACAUCUUUGUGUUUAGAUUUUUUUUGUAGACAGCCCCUUUUUUGUUUAAACUGUCAUAGACUUCAAACUCCUCUGCAUAGGGACUCUUGACACCAUUGACCAUGUCUGUCUCCCAGUAUUCUAAUGCUGGAUGGUCUCAGGUUAGGGUUAUUCAAUUGUCUGGCUGUGAUAUGGCCUCAUCUUCUAAUAGCUGCCGAACAUUUCUAGGGACAGGAUUUUUCCUGAACAUGUGUCCUGGAAAAACUCUGGGCCCUAGUUAUCUCAAUUGCAUACUCCUUGUGUCCUUCUCCUUUUCAAAACCCAUUGGAUGAGAGAGCCAGAGGUCCCUUCCCUCUGCCCUCCAAUGGGUUUUAAGAAGUAGACAAUGUGAGGCGUUUUCAAUUGAGAUCUUCCCACAGAAUCUUUCAGGUGGUCACAUGGUCAGGAAAAACUCCUGGCUCUAACCAUUUUCCAAUGGAUAAGAAUGUGUUUGAGGAUUACAAGUAAUGUGCACUGAGUGGUCCUGUGCUUGGAUAAGUGAGUGUGGGCUGCGUGCCUGUAGAUAUUGUCCUAAUUCCUAUUGCUGCUAAACCGCCUACCUAGUAUAUUAUAUUGCAAAAUGUAUAUUAUAGAUGUUAAAGUUCAGAAUGGAUUUUUUUGUUUUGUUAUUUAAAAACUUUAUUUUUUACAUGUGAUCCAUAAAAUCCACAUCAGUCCAUGCCACAUGAUGUGGAGCAAAAUAUGGAUCCACUAACUGGUCUGUCUUACAACAGCAUUUACCCAUCUUCUCUUUGUGAGUGUGCAUUAAUCUUUCAUAUAAAGUUAAAUCAGGCCUGUAAAUAGGUCCAUUAAGAACUCUGAUGCCUUAGAUUGGAAGACCUAGCUUGGUUGCCUGAUCUGUUUCUAAACUUCUAGCAUUGUCAUACCAAACAGCCUGUCCUUAAUGCAAUCUCAUUUUUACAUUGAAUAAUGACUGUGGAGAUAAGUUUCUGCUUUAACAAAAUCCUUAUCUAGGAACCAGCAAUGAAAUAGUUUGUAGUGUUUAAUUCAUUACCAUAAUUCUCAUCAUGCAUUAUUUUUAAAUCAUGACCAUUUAUUAUGGAACACUCAUUUGAAGUGAAUACUUUGUCUAUCUGGGGUCAAUCAUCAUUACAUAUCAGAUAGGUCUUUGUUCUGAAUCAAGUAGAAACAUUCAGCUCAGCAUCAGCACACAUUGACAUAAUCCUUUCAUGAAUUGUUCAGAACAAUUUUUCAAGUGUCAUUACCUGACGGAUUUAAUGGGGUUUGCAUUUAACACCCAAGUAUUCCACUGUUCAAACUUCUCCAUAACUUAUACAGUGUUCUGCCGUUAUAAAAAAAGUUCUGGAGGUAUUUUUUUUUUUUUUUGUCAUUAAUUUUCUCUUGUAUUUUUUUGUAUGGUUACUUUCUAAGAGAGCCUUCAUGCGGAUUGCAAUCUUUGUAUAUACUCCUCCACUGCCCUGGACCUAUUUGCCAGUAGAUUUGCUAGUGUGGCAAAAGUCUGCACAUAUUUACUCCCAAAGAGCCAGACCCUGUGAAGUGUUCUAGUGCCCCUUCUCUUCCUCACUCUGACCUCUGCUCUUGAGGCCAGAGAUGGAAUGGUAGAAAAAUGUGACAAAGUUAUUGGUGAGUGAUAUGAAAUCUUUUUUCUUUUAAUUUGACAAUAACAGGAUUCUUUAGUUUACACUGGUGUGUAGUGGAAAACGUGACACAUUUUGGGAACCCCCAUGUCUGAAAAUAAAACUUUAUAUUGCUUUUUAUUUAUUUUUUAAUUCUUUAUUUCAUCCUAUGUUAAGUGAUGGGCACUUACCGUAGACAUGCAUCUCACAGGCCAACACUAAAGAUUAGUAUUGUCAAUCAUUUUAAUUGUAAUAUAUUUUACGAAUAAAAUAGUGUAUUUGUGUAAUU